AUGGCUAUAAUGCAUAAAAGCUCAACACCUCAGCAAUGGUAUCAAGUAAAGGGACCAAUUAUUCCUGAUGAUGGCACUCGCGGUCUGAAGGCAGAUGACCAGAAGAGAAAGCUGGUUCUGGGUCCGCCAUUCCUGAGAAGCUUAGAAGAAAUCCCUCCACGCAAAUUGGUCUUCACUGAAGAAAUCGAAGGGCAGAUUGAGCUUAAGCGCACCGUGGCUAUCAAUCAAACAACUGUCGCGAUGAGCGUCAGUUGGCUUCCUUAUCAUUCGCAGUAG